AUGUCGCAGGCCGUAAAAAGAGCUUGCGAUGCUUGCCAUCGCCGUAAGGUCAAGUGCGAUGGCAUCAACCCAUGCCGCAACUGCGCUUCGGCGCAGCUAACCUGCACAUACAAUGCUAUUCCACAAAAGAAGGGUCCUAAAGGUUCGAGAGCGAAGGUCAUCAGCGAGCUACGCGAAACACAAAGACAGACUAGCCUUUCCGCCAAGGUGCAGAGCCGAUUGAACGGUAUCAACAGUCCUCCAUGCAGUCCUACACUGUCGCCGACUCCUGGUCUCCUAGCCAGCGAGAUGGCCAAGGAGUGUAUCGAAUUCUUCUUCGCAAACAUGUACCCGACCAUGCCAAUUCUCCACCGACAGCGUCUAGAACAGCAGUCGAUGUACUUGGACCAGAGUUUGGACACCUACUGUCUAGUAACUUCGCUGUGUGCGUGGAUGAUGUUCCAGCCCGGAAUGAACGUCCCUGGCGCCGAUCCUCUUCUCGACCACUUACCAGGAGCCAGUAUUGCAUCGGGAAUGGUUUUAAUCGAGGAGACAAUUCGAGUUCGAAAAGGAUACGAAUAUCAAGAAACGCCAACUUUGAAUAGCCUCUGCACCAGCUAUUUUCUGUUCUGUUCCCACUACGCCCUCGACAUGCAUGACAAGGCGUGGUUUUACCUCCGGGAGGCAACGACUUUGGCCCAUAUCAUUGGGAUGAAUAAGGAGGAGACUUAUCUGCAGUUCGACAAUGUUGAAGCCUCGCGACGAAGACGACUCUAUUGGCUUCUGUUUGUAACAGAAAGGGCGUAUGCUUUGCAACGUGGCCGACCCCUAACUCUGCAGGCUUCGAUUAACCUUCCGACGAUGACCGACGACCCGACGGAUCCCCUCGCUCACCAACUGAAUGGCUAUAUCCACUUGGUUAAUCUCUUUAGAUCAUUCGACGAUGUGUUCGUCGCUUUAUGGAAUAAGACGAGAAGCGAAUCCUCACCGUCAUAUCUGACCGCCUUGCAAAAGCAAUUCGCAGACAUGAUACCGCCGUACAUGAACGUGCAAGAAUCGGAUCUGCGAGCUAACCAGCAGUGGCUUAAGGCGAUCAACUGGCAUAUCAACAUGCAAAACGGCUGUGUUCCUCAAAGCAACCAAGACCAGAUGCAAAUGCAAUACCCCAUCGAUAUGUCUCGGGAUCUGAUGUCGAUGACCUCUCAAUUCUCUACGCAGAGCUCGGAAUUGCUAGGGAUGCCGCUCGUUGCCAAGUUGUUGGACAUCUCAUCUGCUCUCAUCGAAGUCCUAACACUACUUCCCUCAUCAGGCGACCCGUUCAGCAUGGGUCCCCGGGAGCAGCUCAACUCGUUAUUGCAACUUUUAUCGGUUCUGCGCAACGGAGACCACCAUUUCCUCCCGCUGCUGCUAAACAAAGUUCACGAUAUCCUGCCUCGACUUGCAAACCCUGUUUUGCAGCGUGCGCCCGAAAAUGCUUGCCUGCAGAACAUUGACAUAUUUGACGGAUUCGGUAACGCGGGCAUGGCCCAACCUCCCAUGAUGACGGACUUUCCUUGCAAGACCGAGCCAUACACACCGAGCAGUAUGCAGCACAUACAAGAUAUUGGAGCAGACUCGGGCCACUCGAACAGUGGAGAUGACAUGAAGUCACCUUUCCCCAUGGUUAGCUCUCCCGCCAUCAUGUCUCCUGGUGGUGUAGAUUACCACGGGAGCGAUUUCAACUCGAUACCCGAUAUCAUGAGCCCCAUCGGACAAACACCACAGCACACAUUAAGUCAACAAGGGUCUCUGAACCCGCCACAGCCGCACCAUGCGCAUCAACACCACAACCUAGCCACGCACAGCAUAACCCAGAGCCACAGUAUAGGCAACCCGAUGCAGACGGACAUGCACGCGAACCUAGGACACAGCUUAAGUCAACAGAACAACAUGGCGAAUAUAAGCCAGCAACAACAGAGCAUAGCGCAAAACCCGCAGUUCAACAUGAUGAACAAUAUGCUACACCGGCAACCGCAGCAGAGGGCGAACAGCUUUAUCAUGCAUCCGCCACACCAGCACCAGCACCAGCAUCAGCACCAACCGUCCCAAAUACCCAGGACAGUCGGAGACUUCCACGCACUGCAACGAGCGAAUUCCGAGAACGUGGCGAUGAACACGCUAGGCCUCAGCCAUAUGAACGCCGAGGUAGACUUUAGUGGACUAAGGUAG